GUUAUGAUAGUAAUUUUUUUUUUAUCUAUUGCCGUCGGUCGUGAACAAGGUGUAUUUGAUACACCUUGGUCGUGAAAAAAUGGAAUCGCUUAUCAACCAUUAUAAUUUUUUCAAAAAUAUUAUUUCUGGUGUACUUAAGAGGACCGUUGGACAAUCUAUUUUAUAUAAAGUUACAGGUGCUGUGUUCAAAAUGGUCGAUCAAAAUCAGGAACACAAAUCUGAUAGUCCCGAUUUAUAUGAUACGGCAGAUGUUUUCAAUUACGUGCUGUACCGAGACCGACCAGAAUGGAAGGACGUUCAACCAAUUGCUCAAGAUGAUGGUCCAGCUCGAGUGGUUCAGAUAGCAUACUCCACCAAAUUUUCAGAUGUAUAUGACUAUUUCAGAGCUGUUCUUAAAUCGGGAGAGAAGUCUCUUAGGGCUCUGAGUUUGGUUACAGAUGCUAUAACUUUAAACCCAGCUAAUUAUACUGUAUGGAUAUAUCGAUUAGAAAUUGUAAAACACUUGAAAGUAGACUUACACAAUGAAUUAGAUUACAUAUCAAAUGUGAUCCGUGAGUUCACUAAAAAUUACCAAGUGUGGCAAUAUCGUAAGACUAUUGUAGAAAUGUUAAAUGAUCCAUCAGGUGAACUAGAAUUUACAGCUGAUAUUUUAGAUAUGGAUUCUAAAAAUUACCAUGCCUGGCAAUACAGACAAUGGGUCCUCACUACAUUCAGCGAGUUAAUGGAAAAUGAGUUAAAUUUUGUUGAUAAUUUAAUAUCUCAAGAUAUGCGAAAUAAUUCUGCUUGGAAUCAACGUUAUUUUGUUAUAAAUAAUUCAGAUCCUAAUCCUGAUGUGAUUAAUAAAGAACUUGAGUAUACAUUUGGUAAAAUACAAAUUUUAUCAAAAAAUGAAAGUGCAUGGAACUAUUUAAGGGGAUUAUUGUUAUACUCAGAGAAUGGUGUCUUGGAAGAUAAAGUUCGUGAUUUUUGUUCAAAUUUAUAUAAUAAGGGAAAUAGAUCAGUACACCUCAUGUCUUGUUUGAUUGAUUUGACUGAUGCAGAUGAAUCUACUGAUCCAGAGAACGUUGAAAAAAUUAAAUUUGCACUUAAAUUAUGUUUUGAUUUGGCAUCCGAUUAUGAUCCUAUACGUCGUUAUUAUUGGGCAUAUAUAUCUAAAGAUAUUGAAAUUAAAUUCAAUUUCAAAGAACAUGACACUAAAAUUAUGAUUGAAUAAUAGAAUGAACUAAAAGAAUUUAUAUCUUUUUAAACAUUUUUUAUAAUUUAACAAUAUUGUAGUUAUAAGGGAAAAUUUAAUAUUGAAAUUCUUAAUUCAAUAUAAUUUUAUAUUUGUAUUUUAACUGUAAAACUAUCUUUUAUGUCAUGUUCUCUUUGAUAUUUAGACAAAUUACAUUUUUAAUGUUUGUAUUUAUUUUCUGUAUUUUUAUUUAUUUAUUU